CUUACAACCAAACAGCUGUUGCGAAAGAAAAACUAGUUGCUCAAAAUGUUAGCCAUGUCACAAGGUUUCUACGACAACCCCUACACUCAAAUGCGUGCGCCACCAACAUCGCUGCUUCCGCCACGCGUCAACAGUCCCAUCAACAAUGCAUCGGCGCUCGAUUUGCAAACAUCGAGCCGAUCGCAAGUGCCACCACCACCACCGCCGCCGCCGAGGUAAGGUUUCGCCAAGCGGCGCAAAAAAUCAAAAGCAGGAAAAAUUAUUUUAAAAAAAUGUAUAAAAAAUAAGCCGAAAAUCUGGGUGACUUGCUAAGAUCACAAAUUUCCAUGCAUACAUAUUUGUGACCAUCAACAUUCUCCAAUGCAUAUCUUCAAUCAACAUACCAAAUGUAGUGUGAAAUUUGGAUAAUCAAAAUCGAAUGGAGAGCACCACAAUCAACCUUUACUCGAAAACCUCUUUGGACGAAUUUAAAAAUUAAUUAAUUGUUUAGUAAAUGAUUUCCAAUUAGUCCCGCAUUUUUUGGUAAUGGAAAUUUUUGAAAGGAGACAUCUUCUUAAAGUAAGCAAUUUAAACUGCUUUGGUUGGUAAC